AUUGAUUAAAAACAGGAAGUUGUAAAUUUGCUGUACAGUAUAACAGUAGUCGAGUAGACAGUGAGUAGUCAGUACAGACUGAUACUAUUUGCAAGUUCAUAACGACUAACGCCAAUGGAAAAUGGUGAAUGGUAUAACAUGGAUUCCAUGGAGGGACGUAGAAGACAGCAAUCUCAUUAUGAGGUUGUGAAUGAGUCCAGGAAUUCCACAGGAUAUGGCAUGCACUCAGAAUACCACAAAGAUGGUGACCACAGUGAAUAUCAGGUGCAGUUUGGAGGAAUAAUUGAAGAUAUCCAGGUCCAUGUAGAUAUCACAAACAGAACAGAGGUCCUAAGGAUGAUAGAUCGUGGCAAGAUGGAAAAGACAAUCCCUCAGGUGGUGACCAUGGAUAGAAAUGCUAUACUAAGUUUGAGUCGGUAUAACAUCAAACUGAUGUACAGAGAUCACAACACAGAGAGUCUAAUCAUUAGAGUUCCUAUCCAUGAAAUAGCAGCCGUAUGUUAUGUCAAUGAUGAUGGAGAUCACAUAUUGGCUAUUAAAUAUGGCAAUCCUGAAAGGUGUUCAUUGUUAGUACUGAACUGUGACAGUCCAGUCCGAGCUGAACGUGUAUGUUCAGAUGUGGCUCAGUGCUUUCAGCUUGUCUAUACAGAUGCAGUGGUUCAACUUCUUGAAGAUACCAUUGUGAAAGUAGAAAGUUCCUCCACAGGAUCCCCUACCAUUAAUGACAAUGUUCGAAAGUAUUCCUUGGAAAGCCAUGACAACAUUGGCUUUUCCGGCUCACAGCAAAACUUAUCUGACCAUAGGCCUUCUCUGAGGAACGGUCGAUCUCGUAGUGUUGCAACCAGCGACAUUAGCAUGCAAAGUGCCCAGAGCGUUCAGGCAGAACUCUUGAGGUCGUACUUGGAGCAGUUGAAGAAUAAAUUUACUGUAGAUGAACUUGCCAAAUUCUCCACUCUGCUGAAAUUAAUCAAUGAUCCUACACCCAAGAAUCCUCAAGAUCUUCUUGCAGUUUUCCAAGAGGUGUAUCAGUUGUAUGGGAAAGAAAGGAAAUCUCUCUUAUCUGGUUUGUGUCCUUUCAUCUAUGAGAAACAUUAUGAUAAAUUCUUGGAUUUUCUGAAAAAACAAGGAAUUGUGCUCGAAAAUGGAACAUCUUCAAGUCGCAACAGUUUUCCUCGCAUGUACCCACGUUCCAUGAGCGACAUGACCGCUAAUGAUCAAAGUGACAUUGACAGUGUAUUGGAAGGGAUUUCUACACAGCUUGCUCAGAUUGACAGCAACAUUGGGGACAUUCCAACAUAUUUGUCUUAUCCACCAUAGCUUACUGGGGAAAGUCUUGUUGCAGACUAUGAUGGUUGUCUUCAAUCAGCUGUACCCAGUCCCUGACUGCAUUUUGCUUGCCAGCAUCUGGUGCUGGCAUCAGAAGCUGUGCAAAAGAAGUGAUAUUCAUCUACAAUAUUUUGUGUGAGCAUGUGCUCCAAUAUGAUUGAAAAAAAAAAGCUUGCCUCUAUCCCAGUCAUACUACGUUAUUUUAGAUUGCCCAUUUGUAUGUAAGUGAUGGUACAUCUCAUUGUACUUAAAACAAAUCAGUUCCUGUAGCGUAUGGUAAAUCAUGAAGAGCUUCAGCAUCAAACACAGCUUAAUACAAAUAUAUUAUUGAAGUGCUGUAUAAAGUGCCUUUAUUUAAUUCGCUGAUUAUACAAAUAACCCCAUGCUUCCAUUAUUUUCAUAUCCCCAAUACUACAAACAAUUCCGUUUAUCUGUGGUGUAAAUAAUGAAACAGAUUCAAAAGUUCACAUGCAUGUCACAGUGCCUUCAGUGAGAAAUGAAAACAAUGGAAGGUUUAUUGUGGGAUGUACAUAGAUAUGUGAUGCAUGUUAUUCAAGUCUAAUUAUAUCCCUGGCAUUGGAUGAGGAAGGGUUAUAAAAAUGUGAUAGUGUGUGUGUGAUGGUGAGAGAAUGAGUAUAAUUCUGAUAUAUUUACAUCGUUAAAGGGUUUCAUUCAAGGUUUAAUACUGAUGUGUAUUGAUUACUGUAUUUUCCCCUAUUAUGGCCUCAGCUACAUGAACUGUGAAAGCAGCAGGUAUAAAUUUUUUGUCAGGACGAAAAAAAGUUAGAUGUUAGUACAUGUAAUAUUACGAUGUAUGCUGCCUUAAUUUUUUCUCUAUCUUUCAACUAAAAGAGUUGUGCAAGUUUUUCAUUCACAUGAUAUUGUGGUAAAUCAAUAUAUUACAGAACUGAAACAUGUUGACAAUAAGUGAAGCUGAAUUUAAUGUAGGUCUAAAAAAUGACGGUGAAUUAUUUGUCAUGGAGGAUAAAAUAUUAAAGUGUGUCAUUUAAUUUUUCUUCAAUGCUGGCAAACAUCGUAUCUAGUAUGAUGACAAAGAAAAAAACAACCCACAAACCAUUUCAUUGUCGAAAUGAUUUGCAUGCUGUUUUAUGCUGUGUUUACAUUAAUGAUAGUUGCAUAGGGAUGCUCUGCUUUGUGGUGCUGACUUGUUCAGUUAUAUGAAUUGAAAGGUUGUAUGUUGUGAAUUGUGGAGAUAGAGUACAGGUAUAUACAUUUUUUUUUACCUAUUUGUUUUUGAAUGUUGACUUAAAAUGUAUUCCAAUAAGAUUCUUAAACAUAGUCCACAUUUACUUGUACAUUUGUGUUCACUUACAUUGAUUGAACCAGUAGUGAUUAAGUGAUUGUUUAAGAGAUUGACUGAAUCAGUAGUGAUUGAUUGAUUUUAUUGAAUAAGUGAUUGAUUAAUUGUAUUGAUUAAGUGAAGAUUUUGUUGUUGUAAUUUUUGUUGAAGGUGUGUCUUUUUUUUUAAGUUACACAAUGCCUUGUUGAUGAACAAAAUAUUGUUAGCACAAAUGAUGCAAGUGGGAACAAUUCACAGUUCUUCCUAAGAUAAAAAAAAAUGGGUGCGUUCGUACUACCGUUGAUUGACAAAAGUUACCAUCAGCAGAAUUUUUAAAUAGUGGUACAUAUUUCUAAACACAUCUUGCUGCAAAAUUAUGCAUAGAUAUGGAUAUAUUGUUGUUUGACAUUUCUCGCUAACUGAUCAGUCAAUGGUAUACCAUUGUUGAAUUUCUUACCAUUUGUAGCCCAAACUCAUUCAGAAUACACAAGAAUCCAAUGACUAAAAUAUAUACUAUUGGCAAAUUAGUUUAUGGUACCAUUGGGUUUACUCUGAACACACCCAUGUUAUGGGCUGCCUUUAGUACUAAAGUUUGACAAGGAUAACAUUGGUAGCCUUACAAUGUGAAUGGGGUUUUCAGUAAUUGUUGGGAAGGUGACGAACAAUGGUUAUCAAUGGUAACCAGUAAUUACCACUGCUAAUCAGUGGUUACCUAUAUAUGUUAACCAGUGGUUACCAUGAGCAGUUACCUAUAUAUGUUAACCAGUGGUUACAAUGAGCGGUUACCUAUAUAUGUUAACCGGUGGUUAUGAUUAGCGGUUACCUAUAUAUGUUAACCGGUGGUUAUGAUGAGCAGUUACCUAUAUAUGUUAACCGGUGGUUAUGAUGAGCGGUUACCUAUAUAUGUUAACCGGUGGUUAUGAUGAGCGGUUACCUAUAUAUGUUAACCGGUGGUUAUGAUGAGCGGUUACCUAUAUAUGUUAACCGGUGGUUAUGAUGAGUGGUUACCUAUAUAUGUUAACCGGUGGUUACAAUGAGUGGUUACCUAUAUAUGUUAACCAGUGGUUACAAUGAGUGGUUAUCUAUAUAUGUUAACCGGUGGUUAUGAUGAGCGGUUACCUAUAUAUGUUAACCGGUGGUUACAAUGAGUGGUUACCUAUAUAUGUUAACCGGUGGUUACAAUGAGUGGUUACCUAUAUAUGUUAACCGGUGGUUAUGAUGAGUGGUUACCUAUAUAUGUUAACCGGUGGUUACCUAUAUAUGUUAACCGGUGGUUACGAUGAGCGGUUACCUAUAUAUGUUAACCGGUGGUUAUGAUGAGUGGUUACCUAUAUAUGUUAACCGGUGGUUACAAUGAGUGGUUACCUAUAUAUGUUAACCAGUGGUUACAAUGAGUGGUUAUCUAUAUAUGUUAACCGGUGGUUAUGAUGAGCGGUUACCUAUAUAUGUUAACCGGUGGUUACAAUGAGUGGUUACCUAUAUAUGUUAACCGGUGGUUACAAUGAGUGGUUACCUAUAUAUGUUAACCGGUGGUUACGAUGAGCAGUUACCUAUAUAUGUUAACCGGUGGUUACAAUGAGUGGUUACCUAUAUAUAUUAACCGGUGUUUACCAUGAAUGGUUACCUAUAUAUGUUAACCGGUGGUUAUGAUGAGUGGUUACCUAUAUAUGUUAACCGGUGGUUACGAUGAGCGGUUACCUAUAUAUGUUAACCAGUGGUUACGAUGAACAGAAAUGUUUCGAUUCACAAUCAUGACAAACCAGUUGAAUUUUGCUGUAACAGAGUACAAUCAUCACCACCAUUUUCUUCUUUUUAACCAAGUGUCAACAAAUGAUAGCCAGGCAAGCAUCAUUAUGCACCACAAGUAAAACAUUUCAUAGAAACAACAGUUCCUUAAAUAUUUUGACCCCUUAUAAAGUAUUUGAAUUGUUCAUCAUUUUGUUUCAUCUAAGGGGUAAAAUGACAGAGAAUAUCUUUGAUGUGACAGAGUAUGGUGGCCAUUUUGAAGGAUGGACGUAUGAAAUGUCACAUUGGCAGUUCUGCAAUAUUGUGGUCAACCUGCAAGAUUUGUUGCCAAUGUCAGUUGUUACUGGUAAACAUUUAUACCAUUGGAAUAUCAAUGAUGAUUUAAAAUACCAACAAUAGCCAUUGAGAGAGCUGUGAAUACAUCCAAUCUUAAGUUUUUUUGUUUGUUUACUUCAGGAAAUGAUGUUAAGGUAGCUCACUACACUAAAGCUUAUACUCUGUAUGACACCACGUCACAAGAUGGUGAUUUAAAUGUUUUGUGAAAUUAUUUGUAUAGAUCAAUUUCUUUGUCUAUCAUCGUAGCUCGGUGGUUAAAGCAUAGGACUGGUGAACCGCAUAUCUUGAGUUCAAAUCCGCCAGUCUUUUGUUCAUAUGUGUUGAAAUAAUUUUUUUGAAAAUCAUGCUUUUAUCCAAAUUUGCAUAUUUUCUGCCUUCUUGGCAUAUAAACUGAUUAUAUAUCAUCAUAUCUUUUAUGAUUAAAUCAAUUUGUGCUGAUUUGAGAAACUAUUUUCAGGGUGUAGUGAGCCAUCUUAAAUAUGUUUCCUAAGAUGGAAAGAUAUUAAAUUAUUCAAGUUUUAUACCCGUGAUGUUUAAGACUGAACGUGGCAUUCUGUUAAAAUACAUUUUACUAGAUGAGAAGUGGGUGGAAUAAAAAGUUUUUAAUGUCA